AUGAGUGCGAUAGUGAACGCGGCCGCCGAUGUGCUGUCCGGCACCGCCAUCGCUGCCGCCGCCGGCUCACAGGUAGCAUGGUUCAUUCCGAUGCUGGUAGCCGCGAUAGCAUAUUACCAGUUUGAUGCCACAGACCCUGAGGGCAGGCCGGCAGACAUUGGUGAUACCAACAUGCUGCCAGAAUACGACUUCAUCAUUGUGGGAGCUGGAUCAGCUGGUGCAGUGGUAGCGAAUCGGCUAUCAGAAGUGAGUCACUGGAGGAUAUUACUCCUGGAAGCUGGUGGGGAUGAGACGGAGAUAUCGGACGUCCCUCUCCUCGCUGGAUACCUCCAGCUCAGCAAACUCGAUUGGCAGUAUAAGACUGAGCCGUCGGGAACAAGUUGCUUAGCAAUGGAAGGCGGCCGAUGCAACUGGCCUCGAGGCAAGGUGCUCGGAGGCAGCUCAGUCCUGAACUACAUGCUCUACCUACGUGGUAAUAAAAAGGACUACGACUCCUGGGAAGCCAUGGGCAACAAAGGCUGGAGCUACAAGGACGUUCUUUAUUAUUUUAAGAAGUCAGAAGAUAAUAAAAAUCCAUCUUUGGCACAGACCCCAUACCACAGCACUGGAGGAUAUCUUACUGUCUCAGAAGCACCCUAUCACACUCCUCUAGUUUCAACGUUCAUUGAUGGAGGUCUUGAACUAGGGUACAUGAACAGAGACAUAAAUGGAGAGAACCAAACUGGAUUCAUGGAAGCACAAGGAACGAUCCGACGAGGUAGCCGAUGUUCUACUUCCAAAGCCUUCCUAAGACCAGCUAAGGAUCGCCCCAAUCUACACAUCUCUAUGUAUUCUCAUGCCACCAAAGUGAUGAUAGACCCUCGAACUAAAGUCGCUUUUGGAGUCGAAUUUGUGAGAAAUAAAAUGAUCUACCGCAUCAGAGCCAGAAAGGAAGUCAUUCUCUCAGCUGGUACUGUCAACUCUGCACAAUUGUUGAUGUUAUCUGGAAUUGGACCUGCUGAGGAGCUGCAUAAACACAAAAUACCUUUGAUACAGAAUUUAAAAGUUGGAAGAAACUUACAGGAUCAUAUUGGGUUGGGAGGUCUAGCGUUUAUGGUCAACCAGCCUAUAUCUAUUGUGGAACAUCGUCUUUACACUGCUGGGCCAUUGAUGGAGUAUGCCAUGUUAGGUGAAGGACCUUUGACCAUUAUGGGCGGCGUCGAAGGCUUGGCGUUUGUCAAUACCAAAUACGUAAACGCAUCUGACGAUUUCCCAGACAUAGAAUUUCAUUUUAUUUCUGGAUCAACUAAUUCUGAUGGUGGGGAACAGAUUAGUAAGGUACACGGACUCAUGGAUACCUUCUACGAUGCUGUAUUCAGACCAAUAAAUAAUAUGGAUGUCUGGAGCAUAAUUCCUAUGCUACUCCGACCGCGAAGCAAAGGUUUUAUUCAGCUACGAAGCGCAAACCCUUACGACUACCCAUACAUCUAUCCUAACUACCUAUCAGAUGAAAGAGAUUUGAAAACACUAGUAGAAGGUGUAAAAAUUGCUGUAGCACUUUCUAGAACGAGAGCGUUUCAAAAAUAUGGCUCUGUAUUGAAUAAGCAUGUCUUUCCUGCGUGUGUGAGUAUCAAGAGGUACUCUGAUGCGUACUGGGAAUGUAUGAUCAGGCAGUACACUUGCACUAUCUACCAUCCUGUGGGGACAGCGAAGAUGGGGCCCUAUUGGGAUCCUGAUGCGGUUGUAGACAACCAACUACGAGUGUAUGGAGUGAAAGGGUUACGUGUCAUAGACGGCAGUAUCAUGCCCAACAUCGUAAGCGGGAACACAAACGCCCCUAUCAUCAUGAUAGGCGAGAAAGGAAGCGACAUGAUCAAAGAAUUUUGGUUAAAACGAAGAAGUUCCAGAUAUUACAUUUAA